AGGUCCCAUUCUAAUUUGGCCAGUAUUUGUUGAACCAUUUAGACUGUAAGCCAUCGAAUACAAUACGACGUAUUUUUCGUUACAAGUUUGUGGAAAAAUAACGAAUUCAAACUAACAAAUCAUCACAAUGCAGCUACUGAAGAAAAAAGCAUUUUAUUUUACGUUACUAUUAGUGGUACUCAGCAUGUGCUUAGACGAAACUGAAGCCAGACGAAAAAUUCUUCGAGGACGCCGCACCAUCAACCGUACGCAUAAACGUGGAACAGCCAUCCCGGCAUGGGCCAUCGUUACACUGGUCGGAAUCGCGAACAUACUCCUUGGCGGUAUUGCGUAUUUGAUAAUGCGUAAAACGAUACUUCAAACGCCGAUAGAGAAUGUGAACUCAUACACUCCUGCAAUGAUGCAGGACGAUUCGUGAAGGUUUUGCCCUACAUGAAAAAUUUUUCUGUAGUAAAAUGCUAAAUUUUCUAACAUAAACUGUACACCUUUCUAUUAAAAAAAUGGAAAAUCUUCAAGCAAAACACAUCACAUCAUAUUUUAAUGACAAUGUACAAAUUCGUCUGAAACUGAUGCAAACCAGUUUAAUAACAUUAUAGGUUAAGCAAUCCCAUUCUACUAUAUGAAUAUAGUUUUUUUUUACCAGGAA